AGUCCCUUCCCAAUUACUCAUUUCACUUUAGCUGUGGUUCAGCCAAGGCUUCUGGCUCAAGGAAAGCUACAGAAGAGGAGACAGGAUGAGGCGGGAAGAGGAGGAAGAGGAGGAAGAGGAGAGAACGAAGAUGAAGGCAAAAGGAGACCUAGAGAUGAAGGAGGAAGAGGUAGUCAGUGAGAAGGGAGAACUGGUUGGCCCUUUCGCGAGUGCCAUGCCCACCCCUACGCCGCACAACAAGGGGACCCGGUUUUCUGAGGUAUGGGAGUAUUUCCACCUGGCGCCUGUUCGUGCUGGCCACCACCCCAACCAAUAUGCCACGUGCCGCCUGUGUGGCAGGCAGGUGAGCCGUGGCCCCGGGGUUAACGUGGGCACCACAGCCUUGUGGAAACAUCUGAAGAGCAUGCAUAGAGAGGAGCUGGAGAAGACCGGCCACGGUCAGGUGGGGCAGCGCAAAGACCCGAGGCCCCAGGGGCCCCAGCUCCCUAUGGGUAUCGAGGGUGACUGGGCCCGGCUCCUGGAGCAGGUAGGGGCCCUGGCUUUGUGGGCCAGCCAAAGGGAAAAGGAGGUGCUUAGGAGGGAGAGGGCAGUGGAAUGGCGGGAGAGGGCAGUGGAAAGGCGAGAGCGAGCCCUGGAGGAGGUAGAGAGGGCCAUCCUGGAGAUGAAGUGGAAGGUGAGGGCUGAGAAGGAAGCCUGUCAGAGGGAGCAGGAGCAGCCUGCCGUGGCUCAUCCCUUCCAUUUUGUGUAAUCAGCCCGGGAGGCAUCUAUUCUGAAAACACAGACUCGAGGCUCACAGCAAAGAGCCACGUUAGCGUAAAUAAAAAGUACUUUGUUUUUAAGAGAAAGAGUGCAUAGAAUGAGUUAAUCUUGACAGGUGUCACCUGAGCCAACACUUGCCUACAGGGUUCCUAAAGCCGUCCUGAUCAAAACUUCAAAAUGUAGUAACUGAUGAUAAAUGUUGUCUUGUCACCAUGGGUCUGUGAGUUUGGGUGCAGAAUGUACCAUCCUGUCGCGUUGAUGCGUGAAAAUAACGGGAUUUAUGCUUUGCACUUGGUUUUGGUGGAGCCGAGGGUUCUGAUAGUUGAGGCUGGUUAGGUCACUGGAAUGUGCCCACGUGACCAGCUCACUCUAGGAGACCACACCAGGAGCGUAGCUUAGGCUUCCUGGGGCCCAGGCAUUUGCACACAUCCUGGUGGUGAGUUGAGAACUGGGUACAGAGCUCGUUCUGUGGGGCCCAGCUGUGGAAGGACAUAGAAGCUUGCGCCUGAGAUCUCGGGUCCCGUCUAGUGCAGGUC